GCGGCGGCGGAGGCGGAGCGGAGCGGGCGAGGCAGUGCGGGCCGAGACCCGGCCGGCAGCCGCUCCGCCCCCCCCCCCCCGGGCCCCCGGGCCCCCCCCGCCCCCCCCGCGGGCAGGACAGGUGCAUGGCGUCCGGGGGAACGCGCUGAGCGGGUCGCGGCGCCGCGGGCGGCACCAUGGCCCUGGCGCUGGCGCUGCAGGCGGCGCGGCAGGGCGAACUGGAAGUGCUGAGGUCCCUGCACGCCGCCGGCCAGCUGAGACCCUCGCAGCGGGACCCGCUGGACGCGCUGCCGGUGCACCACGCUGCCCGCGCGGGCAAGCUGCACUGCCUGCGCUUCCUGGUGGAGGAGGCCGCCCUGCCCGCCACGGCCCGCGCGCGCAACGGAGCCACGCCGGCCCACGACGCCGCCGCCACCGGCCACCUCGCCUGCCUGCAGUGGCUGCUCUCGCAGGGCGGCUGCGGAGUGCAGGACAGAGACAAUUCUGGUGCCACAGUCCUGCACCUGGCCGCCCGCUUCGGCCACCCCGAGUUGGUGGAAUGGCUCCUGCGCCAUGGCGGUGGGGAGGCCACCGCGACCACAGACACAGGCGCCCUGGCCAUCCACUAUGCUGCCGCCAAAGGAGACUUCCCCUCCCUGAGGCUCCUCAUCGGGCACUAUCCUGAGGGAGUGAAUGCGCAAACCAAGAACGGUGCCACGCCCCUGUACCUGGCGUGCCAGGAGGGCCACCUGGAGGUGACGCAGUACCUGGUGCAGGAGUGCGGCGCGGACCCGCACGUGAGAGCCCAAGACGGCAUGACCCCGCUGCAUGCCGCGGCGCAGAUGGGCCACUGCCCGGUCAUCGUGUGGCUGGUGAGCUGCACCGACGUGAGCCUCUCGGAGCAGGACAAUGACGGCGCCACGGCCAUGCACUUCGCGGCCAGCCGCGGCCACGCCAAAGUGCUCAGCUGGCUCCUGCUGCACGGCGGCGAGAUCACGGCCGACCUGUGGGGCGGGACCCCUCUGCACGACGCCGCUGAAAACGGGGAGCUGGAGUGCUGCCAGAUCCUGGUAGUGAACGGCGCGGAGCUGGACGUCCGCGACCGUGACGGAUACACGGCGGCCGACCUCUCGGACUAUAAUGGCCACAGCCACUGCACCCGCUACCUGCGCACCGUGGAGAACCUGAGUGUGGAGCACCGCGUGCUGUCCCGGGAUCCGUCUGCCGAGCUGGAGACCAAACAGCCCGACUCGGGCAUGUCUUCACCCGAUACCACCGUGUCGGUCCAGCCGCUGAACUUUGACCUCAGCUCACCCACCAGCACCCUCUCCAACUACGACUCCUGCUCCUCCAGCCACUCCAGCAUCAAGGGCCGGCGCCCCCCACGUGGCCUUGCCAGCUCCAGAGCUGCAGACAUACAAAGCUACAUGGACAUGCUGAGCCCCGAGCUGGGCCGACCCCAGGGCAAGAUGGGGAGAACCACACCACCACCACCACCCAGCUUCCCUCCGCCGCCCCCACCCCCAAGCACCCAACUGCCCCCACCCCCACCAGGCUAUCCGGCUCCCAAGCCCCCUGUGGAGCCACAUGCCGCGGACAUCUACGUGCAGACCAAGAGCAAACUCCGCCAUGUGGAGAAGGAGGCCUUCAAGAAGGAGCUGAGCUCCCGCGACGGCCACAACGGGCUGCGGAGGCAGGACUCCAGCCGCAAGCCCCGCGCUUUCAGCAAGCAGCCCAGCACGGGGGACUACUACCGCCAGCUGGGCCGCUGUCCCGGGGAGCCGCUGGCCACACGCCUGGGCAUGGCGCACAGCGAGGAGGUGCGUGCCUGCCAGCCCGCGCCCGCCGGCCGCCCGGGACCCGGCCCGGCCGCCCGCUUCUCACUCGCCAGCCCCUCCGCUCCCCCGCAGGCGGCGCUGCUCCCCGGGAACCACGUGCAUAACGGCUGCGCCGCGGACCCCAAGGCGUCCAGGGAGCUGCCCCCGCCGCCCCCGCCGCCGCCGCCGCCGCCCCUGCCGGAGGCCCAUAGCUCGCCGCCGCCGGCUCCACCUCUGCCCUUCGAGGGCGCUGGCCCUGGCUGCGGGCAGCGUCGCUCCUCCUCGUCCACUGGCAGCACCAAGUCUUUCAACAUGAUGUCCCCGACGGGUGACAACUCGGAGCUACUGGCGGAGAUCAAGGCCGGCAAGAGUCUGAAGCCGACGCCGCAGAGCAAGGGGCUGACCACGGUGUUCUCGGGCAGCGGGCAGCCGAUCUCCCAGCCCGAAGCGCCGCUGCCGCAGGCGUCGCCCGCGCCGUCGCGGGCCCGCAGCCCCACCCCGCCGGCCGUGGGGCCCCAGCCGCUGCUCAACGGCAGCGUGGCGCCGGCGCCGCCCGCCACCCCGGCGCCAGGCGUGCAGCUCGAUGUGGAGGCGCUCAUCCCCACGCACGAUGAGCAGGGCCGGCCCAUCCCCGAGUGGAAGCGCCAGGUGAUGGUGCGCAAGCUGCAGCUGAAGAUGCAGGAGGAGGAGGAGCAGAGACGGAAGGAGGAAGAGGAGGAGGCCCGGCUGGCCAGCAUGCCUGCCUGGAGGCGAGACCUCCUGCGGAAGAAGCUAGAAGAGGAGAGGGAGCAGAAGCGGAAAGAGGAGGAGCGACAGAAGCAGGAGGAGUUGCAGCGAGAGAAAGAGCAGUCGGAGAAGCUGCGGACGCUGGGCUACGACGAGAGCAAGCUGGCGCCCUGGCAGCGACAGAUCAUCCUGAAGAAGGGGGACAUCGCUAAGUACUAGGUGCCGCCCUCCUGCUCGCAGCCUCGUGAGCUCUGGGGGCCCCAGUCUCCGCCCCGGCCUGCCCGGCUCCGGCGGAAAGGGCUGGGAGCCGCGCUGCCUUUCCCCUCCCGCGCUGGAACCUCUCCCUGACCCCGCUCCGGCCCCCGCAUGCCCAGCCCGGGGCGCCGCUGGAACGCACCCGCCGCCGUCGCCCAGGAAAAGUGCCCAAGCAAGCUGUUGACGCAAAAAGAUGCUGCUUAUUUGCAUGCCUAUUUACAUAUAUUUGCAUGUUCGGUGGAGGGUCGCGCAGAGUGCUCCCCAGCCCCGUGGGUGGCGACCUUGUUUUCCUGCGGGGCGCGCGCCCGGCCGCAGCCCCCUCCCCCGCACCCCGGAACCCACGCGGCGGGCGCAUCCUGGGCGGAGGCAGGCCCCGCGCUUGGGGAAGGGGUUUUCCUCCCGUCGUGACCCAGAUCUGCACCCGGCCCGCAUUUCCCAUCCCCGCCGAGGGUUUCCUCUCAGUCAUUUGUUUACCAGAAACGAUGAAACCGGCAACCUGCCCGUCGGGACCGAGUUGCCGCUCCGGGGGCCCAACCUCUGCCUCUCCCCUCCCCCUCCCCCUGGUGAAGUCCGCGCUCCCCUCCCCCCGGGUCCCACGAUUCCCAGACCCUUUCACGACGCUGGUGGCGUGAGUGCGAGGCAAGGGUCCCUGCGCUUGUGUCUCCACCUGCUUCCUCCCCGUCCCCGCCAUCCCGCACCCCCAUUAAAGCUCUCUCAGCCGCC